AGCAAUGAGUUUUAAUGAAUUUAUUUUAGAAUUUUAUUAUGUUGUGUUUAACAUAUAGAAACGAUAAGAGUAUGAUUUACUUGAUAAAUAAAUAGAAUUAAAUCGUGAAGUUAAUAGGUGGGCAAGUGUUGUUAAGUGUUAUAUAUAGAGUUAUAGAAAAGCUCCAAGAAUUUAGAUGCUGCCUUCUAUGCCAAUAUUGUUUACGAGGGAAAGUCGAGAUGGAUUUGGCAAUAAAAUCGAACCAAGCAGUUGUUUUUUUGGUCAAAGUUCUGUCUCGAAAACCGCCAUUAUUCCAGAAGCACCUGUACAGAAAGUUGAACAAAAAGUAGCUAAGGCAAUAAAUAAAGAUCCAGAACCAAAAGAAACAAGCAGCACCAAAAAGAAUGAGCCACCAAAAUUAGAUAAAAAUGCAUUGGAAAUAGCUCUAGUAAGGUCAUAUUACAGAAAAGUGCAGUUAAGAUUCACUUCAAAUUCUACCUCUAUAAACAAGUUUCAACAAUUCCAAGAACUUUUGAAAAAAUUUGACCCACGAAAAGAGACUCCAGUUGAUUUGUACAGACAAGUAGAACAGUUAUUUGGUGAUGAACACAAGGAUAUCGUAGAGGAGUUUUUAUUAUUUUUAAAACCAGGACAGGCAGCUGAAGUUGGUCGAUUCAUGGACCAUUUCAUGAUGGUACAAAUGACUAAUUUUAUAAAUGAAUUACGGAUAACAUUAGCUAGAAAACCUACUGUGCUUCGUAAAAUUUUACGUGAAAUGACAAAUGGUGUAAACUGUGGUACCAGUGAUAGUAUGAAAGCUCGUAUCUUACCACAUCUACGUUCAAAUCCGCGAUUAAUACAGAUGUUUAAGUCACUCUUCCCAGAUGAAAGACCACCAGACAGUGUAUAUGAGAACAGCACAGCAGUAUUGGAUGAAAAGUUUCUAACGGAAGAUAAGGGAUAUGACGUUUGGGAGUUCGAAGAUGAAAACGAUAACAAGCGAAAAUUGGAGGCUAAACAGAAUUUAGAUACGGUGUACAUUCAAGAGAGAGUAUUCCUACAACAUGGAAGAAUGUUACGUCCUGCCUCAGUUACAUAUCCAUACAGCAAAGAACCUUAUAGAGUUCAUGCGAGACGUCUCGCCCCCGCUCAUUGUCAUCUCUCACCGCCGGAGUCUGACGACGAAAGAUCCUCCCCGAAAAGAAAUAGCAAAAGUACAUGUAAAAUUCCAUCAAAGAGACCUAAAAAGCAACUUAAAUCACCUACAAAAAAUAUCAAAGACGUAAACGAUAAUACGAAACAUAAAGAUUGUACAGUUACUUUGAAUAAAUCAGUUAAAGGAAAAGGUGUCACAAAGAAUAAAAGUACUAGAGAGAAAAAAGAUUUGGAAAUAAAAGAAAGUAAAAAAGACAAAAAAGAUAAGGUGGAUGUAAAAACAACUUGUCCAAAGAAAGAUGAGACAGCUAAAGUGAAACAAGCAAAAAUAGAAGUACCUUCAGUUAAAUCCGAUGCUAAAAGUUUAAUAAGAGAUGAAGUUAAAACCACAAUGCACAAAGUAAAAAUAGAUACUGCUCCAAUUAAAUUGGAACCAAAAAGUUGGACCAGAGAUGAAGAUAAGACUAUGUUGCAAGUUCUAAAAGGGGAGGCUGGGUCAGAGCAAGUGUUUGGACGAAUAAGGGAGUUGUUACCACAUCGCUCGGUCACAGAGAUAAAAGAAAGAUUUUGCCACGUCAUGAACUUGUUGCAGCAAAUGGCGGUUAGCGAAGUUACAUAGAUAAUUAUGACUGACAUUUAAUAUUUAUA